AUGUCCUCUUUUAUACAUGCCUCAGUGUCUGAUCCCGGAAUCCUACCACGAAAUAUACACCCAAUGCCACCAGCAGAUGAGAAUGAAGAUCCGCUCCGACUAGCUCCACCCCAAAAUGAUUGGACUAUGAUCAAAUCGGCUAAAUCUAGUACGGCUGCAAUGGAAGUACCUACGAAAUACUGUAAGACUUGCAACAUCUGGCGACCACCCAGAGGACACCAUUGUCGCGUUUGUGACAAUUGUAUUGAGACCCAGGAUCACCAUUGCGUUUGGCUAAAUAAUUGUGUUGGGCGUCGAAACUACCGAUACUUUUUCACAUUUGUAACUUCGGGUACAAUUCUUGGAACAUUCCUCUUCAGUGCAAGUAUAGCACAAAUUAUAGUUUACGGACAUCAACAGGGCAUUUCAUUCGGUGCCUCAAUUAAUCAUUGGAGAGUUCCUUUCGCAAUGUUCAUUUAUGGUCUCCUCGCUACCCCGUAUCCAUUCGCACUGAUGAUGUAUCAUUUCUUUCUCAUGGGCCGAGGCGAGACAACACGUGAAUAUCUCAAUUCACAUAAAUUCAUCAAGAAAGAUCGCCAUCGUCCUUUCACCCAAGGAAGUGUUGUUAGCAAUUGGAUUGCUGUACUUUGCCGCCCACGACCUCCAACGUACUUAAGUUUCAAACAAAAAUACGAGGAGGGCGAUCAACGAUUUGGCGAGCGAAGGGGAAGGCGAACUUCUCUUACAAAGGGAUUUCAGCGGGGAGGAAACAAUAUGGAAAUGGAAAACGUUCAUAUCCCGGAAGGAGAAGGUUUUCAAGGUCCUACAGCUUUGAGACCGACGACUUGA